AGUCAACAGAGUUCCUCUAAAUACUUCACAUGUGAUGUAACCCAACCACCCAAUCUUUUCUUGCUGAAUCCGUUGCCAAAGUUGAAUAACAGUUUCUCUAAGUUCCUGAUCAUGGCGUCCAAUGGAGAAAAUCUUGCUCAGAAAAACCAAGUGGUGGUGGUUCUGAUACCUUUCCCUGCACAAGGCCAUCUGAAUCAGCUUAUGCACCUCUCAAACCUUAUCUCAUCACACAACAUACCAGUUCAUUAUGUUUCCACCGUCACUCACAUCCGCCAAGCCACACUUCGACAUCACCAAUCCUUUUCUAACAUUCAUUUCCAUGCCUUUGAUGUUCCACCCUUCGAUUCCCCUUCUCCCGACCCAGAAAGCGGUUUCCCAUCUCAUCUAAUUCCCUCCCUUGAGGCCUCUAUGCAUCUUCGAGACCCUGUGAGGAACCUCCUUCAAUCCCUCUCCGCUGAAGCCAAAAGGAUUAUAGUCAUCCGUGACUCUGCCAUGGCUUCAGUGGCACAAGAUGCCACAAACAUGCCUAAUGUUGAGAAUUACUCUUUUCAAUGCACAUGCGCCUUUAGCGUCUACGUUUACCAUUGGGACAGAAUGGGAAGGCCUCCGGUUGAAGCCAUGCACGCCCUUAAAAUUCCUUCUCUGGAAGGAUGCUUCCCAACCCAAUUCUUGGAUUUCCUUAUUGCACAAAGAGAUCUCCUCAAAUUCAGUGACGGAACCAUCUACAACACAAGCAGAGAGAUUGAUGGUGAUUACAUUGAGUUGAUGGAGGGUAUCACUGGUAAGAAGAUUUGGGCACUGGGACCGUUCAACCCUUUAGCCGUUGAGAAGAAAGAUUCAAAAGGAAGGCACUUAUGCAUGGAGUGGCUUGAUAAACAAGAGCCAAAUUCAGUGAUAUAUGUGUCUUUUGGGACAACAACAACUUUCAAAGUGGAACAGAUCCAAGAGGUUGCAACUGGGUUGGAACAAAGCAAGCAGAAGUUCAUCUGGGUGUUGAGAGAUGCUGAUAAAGGGGACAUCUUUGAUGAAAAAGAAGCAAAAAGACAUGAUCUUCCAAAUGGGUUCGAGGAGAGAGUGAAAGGAAUGGGGGUGGUUGUGAGGGAUUGGGCACCCCAAUUGGAAAUUCUGAGCCACCCUUCAACAGGGGGGUUUAUGAGUCACUGUGGAUGGAACUCGUGCUUGGAGAGCAUAACCAUGGGAGUGCCAAUAGCAACAUGGCCCAUGCACUCUGACCAACCAAGAAACGCAGCUUUGAUAACAGAGGUUCUGAAGGUUGGUUUGGUUGUGAAGGAUUGGUCACAGAGGAAUUCGGUGGUGAGUGCUUCAGAUGUUGAGAAUGGUGUGAGAAGGUUGAUGCAAACAAAGGAAGGUGAUGAAAUGAGAGAGAGAGCAGCGAGGCUUAAAAAUGGCAUCCGUAACUCCACUGAAGAAGGUGGAGUUUCUCGCAUGGAAAUGGAAUCUUUCAUUGCUCACAUCACCAAAUAAUCUUAUCAGUUUCUAUUUGUGUGAUUCGUACUUCAAUGUAUCAGAAUUUUACAAACAGUCGAUGAAGAUAACCCAAACUAAGUUUGGCAUGAAUAUUUCUCUUUCUCAAGACAUUACCUAGCAAUGUUUUAGGAUGAAUAUGCAUACUUGUUGUAGAGUAAUUCCAGUUUUAUAGAAACAAUACUGUUUUUGUUCA